UCACCGGUCAAGGUUCAGGGUAAGCUUCCUAUCUUUCUAAGUUUGGGUUCGAAGCUGACAGAUUGAUUAGGGCCUGACCUCAGCUUUUCGGAAAUGAAAUUUCUUUCCAAUAAAGCACGAAAGGAGCGUGAAGCAGCAUGUAUUUAUCGAGGUAAGGAAAAAAAGGGAAGCGUAUAUUGGGAUUCACCGAAUCAAAACCCAAGAGCUUGUUCGUCAUUAUUGAAUACUGUCGAUGAACAGGCACAUCAUCAGGAGAGAGAUGCGCUUCCUCUUGAAACAUCAGUAUAUGAACAUGGCCAGAGGAGCGCCAUGCUUCAGGCUCACAAAGAUGGAAACGCUCAGCACCAAAAAAAGGGAAGUGAGGUUAUAUCUAAGACCGCCACAAUGUAUACAUGGCCUGAGAGUGUGCGUGAAAAUUCUGCAUUGGAUGGUGCGUACGAGAAGUGCACGGAACAGUUUCUCAGUGUCGACUUGGACGUCCAAGAUAAUAAUGAAGCGAUAGCAACAGUCAAAUCUACAAGAAAUUCCUGGAGCUUGGAAGAGGUGAAAUGCCUCCCUGAUCAGAGAAAACAGCUUUGGGAUCCAGAUGCCCAUAGCCCUGCUGUGCCGACAAACGCAAGCUUUCACUGGAGAUCCCAAGAACGCAAGCGACCUCAGUCUGUCGGAGAGGGGGAGCCUGCUCAGACCCCGACGAUGGUCAAAGAGUAUAAUAGCAAAGACAACACAGACAGUUAUGGAGCCAAUAGUAUUCCUGCCACGAAUCAUCCUGAUCCGGCAUCUGAGCCACCUGCACUUCUUAGGAGUAGUGGAGAUACAGACGGUGUGUCAAUGCACAUGUCGCAUAGGCAGCCUGCAUCGGCGUCACCACAAGCCAUUGACCAGGCAGACAUCAUUGAGCCACCUACGAGCGACUUUACACUUUAUCCCGGUACGUCGAGCUUCGUUAGCUCCUCGCUACAUAUCCAAAAGCCGACGUCUGUGAUGCAGUCCCACGACUCCCACGGAUUACAAGAAGCAAAAACAUCUACGGCAUCUGUAAUGAUUUCAGAUUAUGACAAGCCGCCGGCACAGUUUGCAAAUAGGGCAGCACCCUUGCCUGGAGGGGAUUGUGCCUUGAUAGAACAGACUUUAAGUGCGGCAUACGAUGUGAUUAUGCACCCAGAGCAGGACGCCUUGCACAAAUUUCCUAGGCACCGAACGGUAGACAAACCAAUAAGGGACGCUUCCUCUGGCGUAGGCGGCAAUGGAAGCAUAUUUCAGGUACCGGAAGAUUUCCAUGGCUUGCCAGACGAUUUAGCGCCAUACUGGUGCCCUGGGAUUGCAUCAGAAACAGGGAUUUUCUCGCAUGGUUCAUAUGAUUCUGCCCAGCCAAAGCGUUGCCCGGGCGUCUCCCAGCCAAAUCAUGCAGUCUAUCUGCAGUGUUUCACCGGACAAUUCCUGGAUGCUAGAUAUUCUGCAGGAGAAACCCAAAACGAGAGAAUGGCAGGGGCGGAGUCUAGACCGACCGCAGCCAUGGUCUCGGGUCUGCAGGAAGACCUUUUGGGUGGGCUUAAAGGGUUUUGGCGACAGCAGAAGUUGUAUUAGGGGUUUGCUCUUGGUGGGUUUUGACUAUGGUAUUUGCUUUCAUACUUGGGCUCUAUAUUGAAUACCGCAUUUUAUGCCUGGUAUUCUACCUAUGAUAUCUUGGUCAUAGACGUAUUUCUAUGGAAUAUUUACUAGCAAUUUCAGGUUUGAUGUACGCGCGGAUGCUAUUUCAUCAAUGAUGAGUGGACACUAUCCAUUCUCCAACAACGGCUGAGACACCGAGAUGACGAAACCAUUCUCAUGGAACAGAUAAACAAACCACAGACCCAAGGGAAUGGAUAAUAGUUCCACUGAUACGCCACUAGGCAUCCUUCCGGCCGAACGAACCCAACAAUACGGCAUGACACUGGUGGAAGUUUGCCGUUUGGACAACUGGCAGUCCCUGGCCCCAGCAAUCCGUUGCCUUCAGCCGACUGAUCGACAGCUCGUUAAUUUCGGCGUUCUUUGCUUUUUCUUUCGCCCGUUCGCCUGGAGCAUG